UGGACGCGUCCGUCGCCUUCAGAUUCAAACCAGUGGCGGGUUCUGAACGUGAAGAGCUGGCGUCCGCUCGCGCUUAGAGUCUUUCUCUGUUGCCCUCACCCAUGGACCCGAUCCGGAGCUUCUGCGGGAAGCUGCGGUCUCUGGCCAGCACGCUGGACUGCGAGACGGCCCGGCUGCAGCGAGCGCUGGACGGAGACGACAGCGACUUUGAAGAUUAUCCAAUGAGAAUUUUAAAUGGCCUUCAUUCAGAAGUCCAGACUCUAAAGGAUGAUGUCAGUAUUCUUCUUGAUAAAACUAGAUUGGAAAAUGAAGAAAACAUUAGUUUCAUAAAGACAACAAAAGUAAUGAUGAAAAAAAAUUCAGUGGAUAUCAUGCAAAUAAAAGAGUUUUUCCAGAAGUAUGGCUAUAAUCCACGUGUCAAGAAAAAUUCAGUGUGUGAACAAGAUGGUGUUGACUCUGCCACAGAGUUGCCUCAGUGUGACAGUUUUCAAAAGCCUGAUGGUGAUUUGUCUGAUCCUCCUGUUCCAAGCAGUUCUGUUUCUGAGAAACCUCCACGUAGUCCACAACUUUCAGAUUUUGGACUUGAGCGGUACAUGAUAUCCCAAGCUCUGCCAAACCCUCCACAAGCAGUAAACCACCACAAGGAGGAGCCCAAAAUUGUAACUCCACCUGUCAGUCAGUCAGUAAUUAAUGUACUCAAAACUCCAAAAUGUGCACUGAAGAUGGAUGAUUUUGAGUGUGUGACUCCUAAAUUAGAACAUUUUGGUAUCUCUGAAUAUACUAUGUGUUUAAAUGAAGAUUACACAAUGGGACUUAAAAAUAUAAAGAAUAAUAAAAGGGAGAAGACCACAGAAACAGAACACACAUCUAGUGAUAAACUUUUUGCCACUCCUGGUCCCAUAAUCCAGCAGCUGCAAAAAUGUGAUACCGAGUACACAAAAUCCCCCUUGGCGCCCACAUUCUGCACUCCUGGCUUGAAAAUUCCUGCUACAAAGAACAACACAGCUUUGGUAUCCACAAAUUUUCCAUUAUCAAAAACAAACAAGUCAUCAAAUGAUUUGGAAGUUACAGAUUGUACUUCAUUAGUUUUAAAUUCAGACCAGUGCUUUGAGAAUUUUGCAGAUCCCUCUUCUCCUACGAUUUCUUCUUAUGAGAAUCUGCUCAGAACACCUACACCUCCAGAAGUAACUACAAUUCCAGAAGAUAUUCUCCAGAUUUUAACAAAAUACAAUUCAAAGCUGGCUACUCCAGUAGCUGUUAAAGCAGUGCCAGCCAGGAAAGAGUUCCUCAAAUAUGAAGGACAGAACAUCCGGGAUAUUGGCAACAAAGAAAACUGGUGAAAAAAUUCUAGUGGAUCCAUCUAUUAUAAAAACUGUAAGGAAUCAGAAGAAGGCAUAACUGGACUUAUUCACGUUUCCCUAUGGCUUCCCCUUUUAAAAUCUAAUCCGGUGUAAUGAGCAACAUGGACACUGCUGUCGUAUCAUGCUUUUAAUGAAGUUUUGAUUCAGUUCAACCUCGAUCUUGUUGACAUGUAGCAUUGUAUCAUUGAUAACAAUUACCCUGCUUAAUCCAACAGAGCAGAGUGGUUUAAGUAAUAUUAGGAAGUAGGGCAAUAAUUUUAAAAAUUUGAAUGCUAUUGUUUGAUCUCUGAAUAAGGCCACCCACUUCUCAUGGCUAUGUAGUUACUGCCGUCUGUUAGCUCUGCCUUUCUCCUCUCAUGACAAUCCCAACGUCUUCUAUACCUCUUGCUUCACUGGUAUACUUUUAAGACUGUUGCUGGAUGCAGAUAACAGAAGCACAACUUCAACUAACUUAGGAAAAGAGGAGGAGUUCACAGGGGUAAAGUGCACUAUGACCCUUGAGGAGGAGGCGGGUCAGACAGUUGGAAGCAGGGCUCACAGCUCUCUAGCCGUGCACAUCUCCUCAGCUUUGCGCCCUGUGUCACAUUUCAUUCACUUUGGCUCCUUCCCCCAUGUGGCCGCUGACCUCCGAAGCUCCACUCUUCAGCUCAGCCACCCUGAGCAGCCCAAGCUUCAACUCCGUCCUAAGGUUCUGAUGACUCACCCUGGGCCAGAGGCCCUCGUGUGAACUCUCAGAUGCGGCCACAGAAGUCUCUAGGGUUGAUAGCUUCAGACUGUCCUGACCUGUCCAUUCAGCAUAAGAUGCCACCCACUUAAGUACAACUGGAAAGACGUUGUCCAAAUGCUAACAGUGCUGUUAGAGAACUUCUCAAAUAGGAAAAUAAGGACCUGGCCUCCUGUGAAAACUGGGUAAAAAUGUAAGAAACAACUGACAAAUAUCAGGGUGUGGUGCUUCAAAGGCGUAGUUUUGGGAACUCUGAUGAAACAAAGAUUAACCUCUUUUAUAAGACUGUGCCUUAGAGUCAAAUGGAGGACGUGUCACAGUGUGCUAUGCUAAUUUUGCGAGGUAACUGUCACCAAAACAAAACCUGGUUCAUUUCCUUGAUCUAGGAAUUACUGUGUAAUGCUAAGUGUAAUUGUUGUUAAAUAUAAUGUAAAAAUUAUUUUUGAGAGAUUUAAUCUCUCAAGGUAAAGGCCUAGUCAACAUUAUAUAUGCUGAUGACUCCAGAAUGUGUGUCAGCCUUGCUUCAGGACUUACCGUGUGUGUAUGUGCAUCUGGAGCUGGAGGGACUGCUGGGGGAAGGAGUGUUCACAGCGUACACAGGCUACAGGAGGGAGGGCACAGUCAUCUGGCAAGGGAGACUGAGAAGAGGCCAGUAAGGCAGGAAGACAGGCUUCAAGGAGAGAGAUUCUGUCAUCAUUGCUGAGAACUCUAGCAAACCCAGGACUCAGAACUACAUCUGCUGCAUCUGGCGAAGUUGAAAUUACUGAACACUGGUUAAUUUUGAUAAUGACAGAAGUCCUGGGAAGGAUAGAGAGAACAGAAGUGGGGGGGUAAAGACGAUGGCUUUGGACAACUCUGAUGGUUUUGCUGAAGAAGGAAGACAGCAGCUAGACAGGAGAUAGGGUACAAAAAGGUUUUGUUUUUUUUUAAGAUUUAUUUAUUUGACAGGCAGAGUUGGGGUGGGGGUGGGUAUCUUCCAUCCACUGGUUCAUUCCCCAGAUGGCCUCAGUGGCUGGAGCUGGGGCAAUAUGAAGCCCUGAGUUUCUUCCAGGUCUCCCAUGUGGAUGGCAGGGUCCCUGGGGCUUGGGUCAUCUUCCCCCAGGUGCAUUAGUAGGGAGCUGGAUCAGAAGUGGAGUGGCCAGGACUCGAACUGGGGUCCAUAUGGGAUGCUUUACGUGCUAUGCCACAGCACUGCCCCAGCAAAGAGGUUUUUAAAGAUGGACAAUAGAUGGAUACCUACUUCUGACUGUCCGUGAGGCCAUGACAUGGCCCCACAAAUUCAACUUUUCCAACUUCCCAACCCUUACCACCUUCCUCCUAUAAUCCUCGGGACUGUUGGGAUCUUUCUGGUAUUUUCCACAGCUCUUAAAAUGAAAUCCAAGGGUCAGGCAUUGUAGCACAGCAGGGGUAGGCUGCUACUUGGGAUGCCUGCACCCCAUAUUGAAGUGUUGAUUUUAGUCCUGGCUGCUCCACUUCCAUCCAGCUUCCUGUUAGUAUGCUUGUGAAGGCAGCAGAGUCCACAAAUACUUGGGUUCCUGCCACUGACAUUGGAAAGCCAGUGGAGUUCCUGGCUCCUAGCUUCAGCCUUGCCCAGCCCUGCUCUUAACAACAUUUGGGGAGAGAACCAGUGGAUGGAAGAUAGAUCUCUUUGUCUCUGCUCUCUGUCACUGCCUUUCAAAUAAAUCUUAAAAAAAAAAAAAAAUCCGGCUGGUGCCGCGGCUCAAUAGACUAAUCCUCCACCUAACGGCGCCGGCACACCAGGUUCUAGUCCCGGUCAGGGCGCCGGAUUCUGUCCCAGUUGCCCCUCUUCCAGGCCAGCUCUCUGCUGUGGCCGGGGAGUGCAGUGGAGGAUGGCCCAAGUGCUUGGGCCCUGCACCCCAUGGGAGACCAGGAGAAGCACCUGGCUCCUGGCUUCAGAUCAGCGCGGUGCGCUGGCCGCAGCGGCCAUUGGAGGGUGAACCAAUGGCAAAGGAAGACCUUUCUUUCUGUCUCUCUGUCCACUCUGCCUGUCAAAAAAAUCCAAGACCCUUAGCACAGCCUACAUGAACCUGCAUGAUUGGACCACAGCUGCUGACACUAUUCACACACACCCUUCCCUUUCUUCCCUUCCUCAGAGCCUCAAAUGUCCUGCCCCACUCUACCUAGAAUACUUUUUCCUGCCCCCUCUGCUUUGCUAGAUCCCUCUCCUGCUUAAGCAGUGGACACCCACUAUUGCCCUUAACACAUAGCUCUCCUCCAGGAUCAACCUAAGCACCAUCCCAGCCCCCUGCCCACACCAGGCACAGCUGUGACUGCAGCCAGUCAGUGAGACCCAAUUCUGGGACCUUGGGGAAAAGAGCAGCAUGCUUCUUUCCCAGAGAUGCAGAAAGACCCUUAGCACUGCUGGUCUCCAUCUUACCGCCAUGAAGGGACAGCCUGCCCAAGGAAGCCCACUUAGUCUGAGGGGUGACUGCGGUUUAGUGCGGUGAGCAGCUGAGCCUCCUUGUGGUUAAGCUAUCUGGAAUUUUCUGGUUAUUUCAAACUUUAAAGGGUCACAUGUCAUUUUAUCCAAGACUUAAUUUUUAGCCUAAAAGAGGUCCUUCUAGUUCUCAGUGCCCUAUUCUCAUUCAUCAUAGUAUCUGCACCUGUAAUGAAAUUAUUAUGGUAUGCAUUUAUUGAGCAAGGUUUUUAUUUCCUUGUAUUCAUUACUCUGGUACCACACAAGUUAAAAUAUUUAUUGAUGGAAUUAAUGGUAACAUCAAGCAGUUACUAUGCCAGGCAUGGUUCUAAAUGCUUUGUGUUUAUUCAUCUUUUUAAUCUUACAUUUAGUGGUAUCCACAUUCCAAUGAGAAAAUUAAGGCUGUUAACAAUUGACUUUCCCCUCCCAUGUCCCGUUGCCCACCCAAGUCUUGUUGGUUUGUCAAGCCCAACUGAUGUCUCUGAUAUCUCUGGCAUAUCCCCUCCCCUACAUCCUCUGCCAAUACCCUGAUUCUCACCUAGAUUAUUGUGAUAAAAUCCGACGUUUCUAUCUGCCAGCUCAGUACAUAAGAAAUGCUCCACUGAUCCCAAGUUCUGUCAUUCCCUCUUUUGCUCUUGCUGUAAACUUUAUCUGGAGUACAAAUUCCACUACUUUAAAAGCUGGACAUGGAGCUGACACUGGGGCAUAGUGGGCUAAGCUUCCACCUGCAGUGCCAGAAUCCCUUAUGAAUGCUGGUUCCAGUCCCGGCUGCUCUUCUGAUCCAGCUCUGUGCUGUGGCCUGGGAAAGCAGUCAAGAUGGCCCAAGUGCUUGAGUCCCUGCCCCUGCGUGGGAGACCUGAGAGAAGCUCCUGGCUCCUGGCUUCGGAUGGGCUCAGCUGUAGUCAUUGAGGCCAUCUGGGGAGUGAACCAGCAGGUGGAAGACCUCUCUCUCUCCCUCUGUAACUCUGCCUCUCAAAUAA